GUGCGCAGGCAUUGGGCUGCACAAAUGGCAGGCGACGAGCGGGCGGAUUCGAUCGCAGCUCGAUCCGACGUCCAGAAGCAGGAGUUGACUGCAGUCCACGGGAAAACCUGACGACAACGAGAAUACCAACACAUAACCUUUAAAGACCUGCCAGGAGGCUUGUAAGUUACUAGCCUAGCUUGCGCGGAGUCUCCUCCCAGUCUCCUUUCAGUCCACCCCUGGCGCCAGGCGCAAGACCCUCCCUUCAACAUCUUGUACUCUACCCCCUCGCUUGCUCUCUGGAAUUUGUCCCUGGAUGUCCCUGGAAGUUGAAUUUCAUCACGAGGAUCAGUUCACAUCCUGCAGCGAUCACCAAUUGUGUGGCGACGUUCCUAGUCUGAUUCCGGAAGGCCACUCGGUUUCAUUAACUUUCGUUGCGGCGAGUGCACGAUCGGGGUGUUAGAGGCGCUACCAUCACCCACACUCUCUUACUGCGAAGGUUUUUUCGGGCUGUGUGCGCGCGAGGGAUUAAGUCUCUCGAGCCUGGUACAAGGGAAUUGAGGGUUCCAGAACUUGGACAUAUAUCAGCGAAUUUUCAGCAAUCGUUCCAAAAGCAACUUUUGAGCAUUUUGAUUUGGUUGGGGGUUUCGGGACCUUCGCGAGCCUAGAAUUUCGUGAGAGACGUUAUACACGUCGUGCCAGUGUCUUAAUAGAGUGCACUUCCAAUCGAAGCAUCGACUCUGGACAUUCGCACAGAGAUUUUCAGGCAGUGCUCGACGUUGUUCGUUGAACCACUCUCCAUUAGAUCAGUAGUCGUGAUGGUUUGAGCGUCCUUCAGAUCGAGCUCUUGUUGACACCGGACCCUAGCUGCAGAUCACAUAUUCAGUUGAAGGUUGUGAGGUUUACGAGACACGCUUGUUUCUACUUUCUGCUCAUCGAUCGUAGUUUGCGGAGAAUGGUGAGAGCUCCAUGUUGUGACAAAAUGGGUCUUAAAAAGGGGCCCUGGACACCAGAAGAGGACCAGAAGCUUGUGGAUUACAUUCAGCGCUUCGGCCAUGGCAGUUGGCGUGCCCUGCCCAAGCAUGCCGGUCUCUCGAGGUGUGGCAAGAGCUGUAGGUUGAGGUGGACGAAUUAUUUAAGACCUGACAUCAAGCGUGGCCAAUUCUCCUUCGAAGAGGAGCAAGUCAUCAUCCACCUGCAUGGCUUACUUGGGAAUAGAUGGUCAGCCAUUGCAGCUUAUCUCCCAGGCCGCACAGACAAUGAAAUUAAGAAUCACUGGAAUACACAUCUGAAGAAGCGUCUUCUGCAGAUGGGCAUAGAUCCCGUGACGCACAAGGAAAAAUCAAACCUGCUGCUCGACAAUAUGGAACUCAAGCCCAUCGUGUGCUCAACCUUGACCCACAUGUCGCAAUGGGAUCGCGUGCGCAUGGAGACUGAAGCUCGCCUAGCCAACAACUACACUAAAUUGGCAUCACAAGCGACACAAGGAUAUUCAUGCUGUGCAUCCCCGGGGUUAUCAGGUGACGCUUCGGUGCGGCACUGGAAGACACAAAUUUCAGAGUCCCUCCUUCGCCGCGAGUUUGGCAGAGGGCUCGAAAGAAGUGCUUCCGCUAGCAUAGAAUUACCUGCAAUUUUGCAGGACUGGGAGGAGGAAUUGCUCCACGGCCAAGCUCUGGACGCCAGUCUGUACAAUUCCCCCAUCUCUGAGACGCCGUCGAGCAGCCUUAGCGACUGUUCUCAAACCAGAUUCGACACCCAGGCUGACUCCACCAGCCGGUUCCAAACCUUCCCCAACUUUCAGGAGACGCCGUCGCCAGCUGCUUUACCCCAACAGGCCGCAGACGUCGUAUGCGCCGCACCGACCAAUUGUGGGCUUUUCACCAAUCCCUACACUGAACCCAAAACGCAAUCGUCGAUCAUCAGCACAGAACAGCUCAUGUCGCCGACAUCAACACUAUCGAGUCCCUUUGGCACCACGCCGCUUGAUUUUCUGCUACCGUCUAGCAGCGCGAGCUGUGACUUAGCUUUCUCACCCUCAAGAGCUUCAGAGACUGUGCAACUUCCCAGCCCCACAUUCUGGACUGUGCCGGCUAGUUUACCGACGAGCUCCUCGCAAGCAUCAGACCCUGCAGGCAGGGCGGAAGCUGCACCUCACAGCGCCGAGGGUCUAAUGCAAAUUCCAUCCGAAAUUUUAAUGGAGCUCCAAGAGCCGUCUCUGAUACCUCCACCGAAGGCAGUCGCGGCGCCAGCAACCAGAGCUUCACCAGGGUGGUCUGGAUACGGUGUAUUGGAGAGCAAGGAUUAUUGGACCAACAUGCUCCAUCUCGUCGGCUCGACUUCUCAUCAGCCUUAUCUCAGCUUCUGUGCACCAGCGGGACUAACAAGGUAGAAUUAUGCAGUGGAUAGGAGGCAACUUGUAUCAUGAGCCACGCUUCAUUUUGCCAUCACUUGGAGGUGUUGCGAUUCAAUCCCAAAGGCCGAACCUGAUCAACAUCACCAUGGUCAUUGGCGAUAAAGAACAAAUAUGCGUGGGAGGGAAGCUUCAAUUCAAAUGCGGUUUACAUAUUGAUCUGGUCACUAUGCUUUGCAGAAUUAGCCGACCGCCGAUGAGCAGGGUGCAACCCUGUAGUAGACACCAAGUAUCCAUUAUUCGUAGAACACCGUAGAAUCAUUCGAAGGAAUGUUGUGUUCGGCCGACAUAGGGCUUACAUGUCUCGCUGUAGUGUGAGGCGUAUGAGUCUGUGAACCAAGGCUAGGUAUCCACUUGCUUUUGGAUGGCAGAUAGUCCCAUAGUUUUUCAGAUGCUCGGCACUCGGCACUCGGUGGCGACGCAACUUAGCAGCAAUAUGUGUUCAUGCACAGAGUGGUGCCGUCACAGGAGGACGGAGGAGAUUCUUUUUACAGUCCCAGAUACUUAUUCCGUUUAGCUUAGUUUAGGGUCCCUCCCUCAUUACAAUCCACACUUGUACAGCUACAAUGUGUGUGUGAGCCCUUUUUUAGUGUCACCUCCAAAACCAGGUUCGAGUUUAGGUUAUUUUUUCCUUUAAUAAACUAAAAAUGUUUACCUUUUUUUUAAAAAAGAAAAUCAAAUUUUAAGUUCAGUUUAUAAGAUUA